CUAUUGUCCAAACUCCAAAUGCCAAAAAAGUACUCUUUAGUCUUUACCCUUAAUUAAAACAUUAAUCAAACCAUAAUAUUAUUCAAAUUCAAUUAAUUAAAAUUAUUCAAACUCUCUCUCUCCUUCUUCUUUCUUCCUCUCUUACUGUAUUAUUCAUCCUUCCACAACACAGCACGUAGUAACCAGAAGAGAGAGAAACUGACUCACAUGCACUUCCUUUUACCUCCAUUGAUGAACCUCCACUUCAAUGAAGAGGAGGAAUUCUUCUCCCAACGAAGAAGAAGAUAACGAUGACGACAGCAAAGAAGCUUAGGUUUAGCCAUUUUCGACAGAAUUUGAAGGUCGUGAUUUUAAUAUCGAUUUUACUUUGCAUCUUUGGAUUCUGGAAAUUUCAAUCUCAAUUAAUAUCUCCUGCGAGAACUGCGCAAUUAUCACGGCGCGUGGAUCCCACGCUCUUCGUCGGUCCUCCUAAAUUCGCGUUCUUGUUCCUCACUCGCCGGCAUCUUCCUCUGGAUUUUCUCUGGGGUAGCUUCUUCGAGGAAGCUGAUGCAACAAGUUAUUCGAUAUACAUUCACUCAGAGCCAGGUUUUGUGUUUGACGAAUCAACCACCCGAUCGCCUAUGUUUUAUGGUCGGCAGUUAAGCAAUAGCAUUCAGGUAGCAUGGGGCGAAUCGAGUAUGAUUGAAGCAGAGAGGUUAUUGCUUAAUGCAGCACUUGAGGACCCUGCUAAUCAGAGAUUUGUACUUCUUUCAGAUAGCUGCGUUCCUCUGUAUAAUUUUAGCUACAUAUACCAUUAUGUUAUGAAAUCUCCUAAAAGUUUUGUAGACAGCUUUUUGGAUAAAAAGGAAGGUAAAGAGGGAGGACGCUUUAACCCGAAGAUGGCACCUGUUAUAAAGUUGGAUAAAUGGCGGAAAGGGUCACAGUGGUUCACUCUGAUCCGGAAACAUGCUGAAGUUGUAGUUGAUGAUGAGCUUAUCUUUCCUGUCUUCAGAAAAUACUGUAAGCGACGCCCACCAGUUGAUGAUUCAAAGGGAAAGCUGAAUCUGAAACUUCAGAAGCAGCACAAUUGCAUUCCAGAUGAGCAUUAUCUGCAGACAUUGCUUACUAUGACGGGGCUUGAUAAAGAACUUGAACGUCGGACAUUGACCUAUACUCUAUGGAAUGAAUUUGCCUCGAAAAUGGAAGGGAAAGGUUGGCAUCCUGUCACCUUCAGUCAUUCAGCUGCAACUGCCCAACGUAUUCAAGAAAUUAAGGAUAUCAACCAUGUAUAUUAUGAGACUGAGUUCAGAACAGAGUGGUGCAGAACUAAUUCUACAGCUGCUCCUUGCUUUCUAUUUGCAAGGAAAUUCUCGCAGGGGGCUGCUAUGCGGCUUUUGAGUGAAAGAUGGUUACAAUAGUAUUCUGUUGCUCGUUAGGGUACUGUGAUCAUCCCUAUGCAAAAUUUGUAGAUCUUCAGUGUAAUAUGUCUAACCUAAACUCCAACAAUACACGAUCUUGGACUCUUGGUGGCAGGCUGUGGGCAGUAUGAUGCCUGAUUAUACUCAAUACGAUUAUGUAGAGAAGUUUUAUAUAGUGACCCAACUAUUGGGAGAACUAGUAUGAUUAGGUUGUAGAUUAUUGUUUUCUUAUUGAUUUAAUUUUGAUAUAUAUAAACAUAAAUAGAUGUAUCUUACUUUGAAUGUACAAAAUUAUUUAGGCAUUUUUACAUGAAACUUCCGAGUUGCUUA